AGCAAUCUCGAACUUCCACCUCUACUCUUCAACAUCUCAACGGAAUCGCCUCAAGGCAUGAGAUCAUGAGCGACGAACCAAUUGAGCUCACCAACCUUGGGGCGUCCAAGGUUGAGACCCCAUCAGAGGAGACUGCAUCGGUCGUUGAAUACCCUCGUGGUAUCCGCUUGGUCUUAAUAACAGUCGGUCUCGCCCUCUCCAUCUUCCUCGCUGCUUUGGACUCCACAAUCAUCGCUACCGCGAUCCCGAGCAUUACUACGCAAUUUCGUAGCAUCAGCAGCCUAGCCUGGUAUGGCUCGUCCUACGCAAUUACCAAUACUGCAUUCCAAUCUGCGUGGGGCAAAGCCUACCAGUACUUCAGCCUCAAAGCCACUUUCAUGUCUGCAAUCGCAGUUUUUGAAGUUGGAAACGUGAUAUGCGCAACAGCACCAACAAGCGAGGUCUUGAUCUUUGGGAGAAUCGUGUCUGGCAUGGGCGGUGGCGGAGUGAUGACGGGUGCGUUCAUCAUCGUCGCAAUGACAGCUGGACCACAGUACAGGGCCGCUUAUAUGGGCGUGUUUGGUGUGACUUUUGGAUCUGCAAGCGUUGUGGGACCGUUACUGGGUGGCGUUCUGACAGACGGCCCUGGAUGGCGAUAUUGCUUUUGGAUCAGCCUACCGAUUGGUUUCGCUGCUGCGCUCACGAUGUUCCUCUGCUUUCAUGACCCAGGAAAGCCUAAGGAUGUACCUCUCCGCGAGAAGCUCCUGAACUUGGACCUUAACGGCGCCAUCUUACUCUCUGGAUGCUUCUCUUGCUUCAUUCUAGCCACGCACUGGAUCGGCAUCAUGCCUCCGACUAGUGCUCGUAUCAUUGGCAGCUUUGUCGGUUUCGUGGGCCUUUUCAUCUGCUUUGCGAUCAACGAACGCUAUAUGGGGAGCUGCGCGAUGGUACAAGCUCGCGUGUUCAAGAACAAACUGGUCUUCGCCAAUCUGCUAUAUGCUUCCUUCAUCGCGGGCGCCUUCUUCCCGCUCAUGUAUACACUGCCAAUCCAGUUCCAAUCCGUCAACAACAACACGGCUUCGCAGAGUGGAGUCCGACUUAUACCACUCGUCAUGGGCGUCUCGCUCUUCACCAUGAUAUCUAAUGGAACGCUCACCUUCUGGCGCCACUACAAGCCCUUUUUCUUGGUUGGAGCAAUCUUGGCCGUAGCUGGAAACGUAAAGAUACACUCCUUGGAUGCCAGCGCACCGACCAGAGACUGGGUCGGCUUCGAGCUAUUGACAGCCACGGGGGUGGGCCUCGCUCUUCAAAUCCCGAUGAUUGCCAAUCAAGCUCUCGUUUCUGCUGACGACCUGGCCGCUGUAACAUCUAUGUCGCUCUUCAUGGAGAACACUGGUACCGUAUUUGCCGUCGCAUCGAGUGAAGCGGCAUUCACGAACGGACUACUUUCAAGCCUCGCCCGCAACUUGCCUCAACUCGACGCGAAAGAGAUAAUGGAUGCUGGCGCGACGCAGAUCCGCGGGCUGUUCUCGGGUCAUGAGCUUGAGCAGGUGUUGAAAGGGUAUCUGGAUGGCUGUAAGACAAGCCACAUCAUUCCUGUUACCUGUGGUGCGAUCUGUGCGGCAAUCAGCUUGUCGAACGCUGUGCCGGCGACAUUUCAAGAGAUAAAGAAGCGGCUUGGGAAAAGCCAUGAUCGAUAAAUGCUGAGAUGAUA